AUGAAGUCCACAUUCUUCGCCGCCACUGCUCUUGCAGCUCUCGCCUCUGCCGCCCCUACCAAGCGUGCUACUGGCCCUUCUGACGGUGAUAUCCUCAACUAUGCGUUGACUCUGGAGCACCUUGAGAACACCUUCUACCGCGAGGCUCUCGCCAAGUACACCGCCGCCGACUUCCAGGCUGCUGGCUUCGAUGAGGCUGCCUACAACCGCAUCAAGACCAUCUCUUCUGAUGAGGCUCAGCACGUGUCGUUCUUGACUGGUGCGCUCAAGGCCGCUGGUGUCACCCCCACCGCCGAGUGCAAGUACAACUUUGGCUACACCGACGUCAAGUCCUUCCUCGCCACUUCUUCCAUCCUCGAGGGUGUCGGUGUCUCUGCCUACCUUGGUGCGGCAGCUGACAUCGCCUCGAAGACUUACCUCACUGCUGCCGGUUCCAUCUUGACCGUUGAGGCUCGUCACUCCGCCUACGUUCGCGACACCAUUGGCCAGUCGCCAUUCCCAUCUCCCUUCGACAACCCAUUGAGCUACAACGAGGUCUACACCCUCGCUGCUCAGUUCAUCACUGAGUGCCCCUCCACCAACCCCCCUCUGCCCGUCAAGGCUUUCCCCGUCUUGACUGCAUCGAGCACCGACUCUCCCGUCAAGACUGGCUCCACUGUCACCCUUGCCACCAAGGGCUACAAGAUCGAGGGUGGCAAGGUCUACGCCGCUUUCAUCACCGUCACCGGCCCCGUCUUCGCUGAUGCCACCCCCGCUGACGGUGGAUACACCGUUGUCGUCCCCAAGGGUAUCUCUGGCCAGAGCUACGUUGUCCUUACCUCGUGCAACACCGCUGCCACUGACGACACCAUCGUUGCUGGCCCCGCUGUUGUUGAGGUUGAGGCAUAA